UAAAAAUAAGUAGUUGAUUUAGUUAUUUAAUUUCUAUUGGAUUUGACAUAGAAAUUUUGUUUUCAUUUACGUUAAUUAUGAAGUUUACAUAAAUACCCUCAUGUGAAAUCAGUUCGUACACCCCGCUAUCAUCGAGGUGUUUACAAAUUAAAUAUUUUGAGUUGAUUUUAACAUAAAAAAAUAUAUAAAUAUCUAACUUCUAAAAAAUAUUGAUUUUUGUCUAGGUAGUUUGCUUUACUUGCGCAACGCUACUGGACAAUCGAUUGACGUAUCAUUUGUCAUUGUCAAAAGGUUUGGGAGAUGAAAACGAAUAUACAUACACACAUACAGAACUAGAUCAGAUCAGCCAUCUUUUAGGUGUUUUCGGGCAAAGUGAUACGUGUUAAUGUGAAUUUCAAGCUUUAAAGCAGUGAAACAGUGAAUGAAUGUAAUAAAAUGUGGCAAAAACUUGAAAUGUUUUGUAAAUAAAGUGAUAGUUUUCUGUUACUUACCUCUAUAUUAUUAUAGGUAUGUGCUUACCCACACUAAAAAGCUACCUGUUUCAAUCAUGAAGAACCCGUUUUUAAUGAAAAAAUAAGUAUCAUCAAUAUCAUCAUAUUACUCCUUUAUUUAAUUACAUAAAAAUGGCAAAUGUAGACAUGAAAGAUGAAUUACAAAGUCCAAUUUCUGUUGUGAUAAAAAAAGAGCCAAUAGAGUGUGAUGUAGACAUCAAAGUGGAGCCCCAAGAUGGAGAAGGAGCUGCUUCAGUUGAAAUUAUUUCUACUAUUAAAAAGGAAUAUGAAGAAGAAACAGUCGAAAAUUUGACUGUUAAAAAGGAAUGUGAUUCUAUUGUAGUUGAACAUAUAACAGUCAAGAUUGAACCUGUUGUUUAUAGUAGCGAUGAUGAAGUGGACCUAGCUAGCUAUGCCCUAGCAAAAUGUCAAGAAACCCAACCGCAGAACAAUCUUCCUAGCCUGAGAACUCGCACAAAGAUCCCAAGGAAGUCAAACGAUCAUGAUGAGGACUACAGGCCACCGAAAAAGAAGAAAAAGGUCAUAAAUGAAGUAGUGAAGAAAACAUAUACAAACAAGGCAAAGAAAAAAGAAAACUCCUACUCCGAUAAUGUGACAAAGAACAUAGAGCUAGUGACGAUCACGGAGGAAGAAAGAGAGAUGGAGUUCAGGGACCUCUGGCAAAGUCGCAGACACAUGCGGUACUUUUGUGAGGACUGCGCUGUGGGCUUCGUUAUGGAGGAGCCAUAUUUGUUGCAUAUGAAAAGCCAUGCGCCGGAAGCAGGCGAGUUUAUGUGCGAAAUAUGUCGCUGUCGCGGCAACAACAAGGAGCAAAUGUACAAACAUAAACUACGACAUUUUCGCCGCUACCGCUGCGCCAUCUGCCGACGUGUGUUUAAAGACAAGGAGACAGCGUCGAGUCACGUGAUGACCGAACAUGUUCACGAAACAUUCAUCUGUGGAGAGUGCGGCAAGGGAUUCAGGAGACCAGCGUACCUCAAGAAACAUGUCGCGCAACAGCACACAAAAGGUCAACAGCAUGAGUGCCCCAUAUGCGAGCGCGUGUUCUUCCACCGAAGCAUGUACAACACACACCUUAGAAGACACAAUGAAGAAGUCCGCAACCCAGUCCACCAGCUCUUUAUCUGCGACCUCUGCUCCAAGCAUCUCAAAACCAAGCAAGCUUUACGGCGCCAUCUAGCGGUCCACGCAAGAACUUUCGAUAUUCCGUGCUUGCUCUGCCCUUCCAUGUUUCAUACGAAGAAGGGAUUAAGGUUGCACGAGCUGAAUAAACAUUCAGGAGACAAAGAGCGGCGAAUGUUACAGCAAUGUCCGCAAUGCGAGCGCGAAUGUACGACUCCCGCUCUACUGCGGCAACAUAUUAGACGGAUGCAUACUGACAGAACCAAAAAGUACCAAUGCGACGACUGCAAACGCUUCUACUGGAGCAAAGGCGAGAUCCGCUCUCACAUCGUGUGGUCGCACGCGCCGAGCCGCGGGAAACGCGCGCUGUUCUGCUGCGGGCGCGAAUUCCGUACACGGAGCAGGCUGAAGGACCACAUAACGAUCCACCAUUUAGGUCACGAGAGGGAAAGGAUACAUAAGUGCGACCAGUGUGAUAAGGCUUUCGCGAAUAAGCAAGUCCUAACCCGCCACAAGAAGUGCCACACCGACUGCACGUACCCCUGCCCCGACUGCGGAGUCCGCUUCAAAUGCGAGGCCUACGUCAAAGUGCACCAGCAGCUCAAGCAUCUCAACAUGACCCGAGCCGAAAUAAAGGCUUUAAAACAAGCCAGAAAAGCAUUAAACUCACCGAAAGGUUUGCGACCUCUGUCAGGGGUGCCCAACUUUAAUGAACUACCAAAAGGUUUACAACCUCUUUCAGGGGCGCCCAACAUUGAACCUCAAGAUUUAAGUGUGAGAAGUGAAAAAGAAACAGCUUUUGAGACAGUGUUAGUGAAGCAAGAAGUGGAUGAUGAUAGUGAGAUUAGUGUGCCACUGUUCGAUUUGGAGGAUUUGAAAAGUAGGGUGUGAUUAAAACAAGCCAGAAAAGCUUUCCCAUCAAAAGGUUUGCCACCUCUGUCAGGGGUGCACAACUUUAAUGAACCACCAAAAGGUUUACAACCUCUUCCAGGGGCACCCAACAUUGAACCUCAAGAUUUGAGUGUGUGAAAAGAAAAUUAGUUUUGAGACAGUGUUAGUGUCCUUAGUAAAGCAAGAAAUGGAUAGUGAUUAAUAGUGUGCCACUGUUCGAUUUGGAGGAUUUGAAAAGUAGGGUGUGAUGUGAGUGAAAAAGUAUUUACAGUACAUAUGGUGCUACUUUCUCGCACUACUGCGUAAAAGAGCACUUUUCGUGCAUAUGUCGAAAGUUUAAAUAGCCAUAUGCACUGUAAAACGUUGUACGAUACACGUGCAAAUAGGUAAUUCGCAACACGUGUCGAUUUAAAACACUCCCUGCGGUCGUGUUUUAAUUUAUCGCCACUCGUUUCGAAUUUCCUCUUUUCCGCACUUGUAUCGUAAAUAACUAUUAUCAAAUACUUGCAGGGUUAUUCAUUCAUAUCAUAGUCUACAUUUAUAGUAAUGAAAUUGUGUCACAAGAGAGCGAAAUGAAAUGAUAUUUACGGCGAGGCCGUACACACAGUGAGGGGAUUCUAAAAUAUGAUGCUGAACGUAGUGAGGGAUUCAAGUGUAAGUGUAACCCAAGAAAAUGGUUGACCAUUUUGAUUUGAUGAUGUCGUGAAAAGUAUUUGAGUGUACAUACUAAGUUUUGAAUCUAGUCUUCACUUUGUAAAGUGAUGUAGAAUAAAAUAGCAUGAUAUUACGGGAUGUGUAAUGUAAUACAGUUGGUAUAUUGUCAGAUGACAACCAAAACUCACUAAACAAUUACUAUCACAAGUUAAGAGCCAUAGUGAACCGGGCUAAUCCCAAAAUAAGGUUUACUGACGGUAUACUUUGUCAAUGUGGCUAAGACUGUCUAUGAGGUAAGACCGUCUACAAACUCUUUCGUCGCUUCUAACUCUUGCGUUUGUACACAUACUCCACUCGUAGAAGGUCGGUAUAGCAGAAGGAGUAAGCUUUUCCUUUCUGAAUUGUGUUUGAGCGACGUACCUAUGUAUACAAAUACGAAAGUUCUUGUCCUAUGACGGUAUUCCCUGCAAUAAAUUGUAUGUAAUAUGCCGAUCUUUCCCACAUUGACUUUAACUGGAGUUACUGAAAGUCAAGUGGACAAUAGUUAAAUUUUACAAUGUUAUUUUUAGCAGCAGAUUUUUUUAUUUUUGUUAGCAGAAGUAGCUGCUUACAAAAUGUAAAAAUAUGGGUGCAUAUAACUUCUUAAAAAUAUGUCCCAUAGUUCUUAAUUCGCUGACGUAAAAGCUAUGGGACAUAUUUUUGAGUAUGAUGUGUGUAACCAAAUUUUUACACUGUACAAAACUAGAUUAAUAGCUCUAUAAGUUCUAGACAAAAUAAUUAAUUAAUGAAUGUAGCAUUCUUAUUAUUAUUAGUAGCAUAAAUAUUGUCAACCUACCUCAUAACAUGGAUAAUUGACCAAAUACAGUGGAACCCGCCUAAUACGAUUUCUCGCGUGAUACACCAUACCCAUACCAUGAUUUACAUUAAUCUAAAUUAAACUUUAGUGAGACACUUUAAAAUAUUUAGAACACAACGGUUACACACACUUGAAUUUUUAGUCGCUAUUAGCGACAUAUUUCGGGCCUGUCGGGGGUCCGUCUUCAGGCGCUCGUGCUCGCGGCGGCUGCACUCCGACUCCGUGCGCCGCCCGCUUCACCGCUCGUUGCGCGCGCGCGCUGACAGGGCGGCGCGGGGCAGUCCGCAGCAGGAGUUGCAGCCGACGGGCCCGAAACAUGUCGCCAAUAGCGACUAAAAAUUCAAGUGAGUGGAACCGGUUGUGUUCUAAAUAUGAUUUACAUUGAUCACUGCCGCUGUUUGCGUACAUUUUAUUUCAUGGUAAAUACGCUUUUCCGCUUAAGCUGUAUUUGGCGCUUCAGCGCGUUUUACUGUAAUAACGAGAUCUGCGAAUCGUUAUCGUUUCGUUUGGUCAUUUAGGGUUAUUCCAAGCUGUUAUCUACUGUAUGGUUUUUGCUCAUUUAAAAUAAAAUACCUAAUAUAUAAAAUAUUAUGUUAUCAUUGGGAAUAACUGAGAGAAAACUCCUACUUAGUUACCACUGGUAAAGAAAACACCUUUUCUCCUCACUAGCUCGGAAAGCCGUCUUUUAUCCUUGAAAACAAGCGGGGAAAAACGCAUUUUAUCUACUAGUGGGGAAAGUAAUUUGACCUUGGAUGGAGCGUGUUUAAGUAGCUUUUGACAGAUAACAAAACGUAAAACGCUCAUAAUAAUCUAUAUUAAUUAUCAUCAUUAUCAUAAAUAAAUGGUUUGAGAAUUUAAUAAAAAAUACCCAAUUUAGCUGUAUUUAAUGAUUUUAAGUCAUAAACCUUAAAUUCCAUAAGAAACAUUUUUUUUUAAAUGAUGUUGAAUGUAAUCCUGAACGCACAAGUUGAGUCGAUGCAAUUUCAAAACGCUUCGUCAGAAAUGUCAACAUUGUUAACAAAAAUUUUCUCACCGACUCCGACACGUAAAAAUACACAACUUCCAGAGUUUUCUGUUAAGCGAGGUUUAGACUAUCAAGAACUUGCAUGCAAUUUUCGUUACAUUGCGGUAUCUGAUCAACCUUUUGAAUAGUUUACUUUAGUAGUCGGAAAUGUAACUUAAAUUACAUGCAAGUUCUUGCUAGUCUAAACCUCGCUUUAUAAUAUCGUAUUAUCGUAAAAAAAUUAGUGAUUCCAGUGAUGAAGAUGAUCUAACGCCUGUGGAUGUUGCACUUUCCUCGCUAUAGUGAGGGGAAAAGUUUUGUGUAACUAACUUACAAGUAACUAUUUUGGCAAUUGGCUGACUUGUUAAAGAAAGGACAUUGACCCGCCUGUCCCUAAUAUCUCACGCACGCACAUAAUACACGCACGCACGCACAUGCAUAAUUAUAUUACACGCCGGCUGGCGCUCGCAGUGGCAUUGACCGCUGGCAUCAUGGGCGAGACAACAAUAUUACACGCGUGCGAUAGAGAUAGCAACAGGCUAGGCGAAAUUCCUUGCGCAAAGCGUCCUUUCUUUAUCGGUAUGAAAAAAAAAACGUGUUUUUUAUUAAGUAGUUUAUUCUUUAUUGCGUUUAACUAUGUAAGUAUAUACAUAUUAGCGACUUCACUUAUCAUGUUCUGUUUACUUUUUGUAAAAAGAUUAAUAAAUAGAAAAAAUUACAUAA